AAUGCAAUAGAAAGGUAAAAAAGAAAUUAAAAAACAAACCAACAUCAUAAUCUAGUAAUUAAUUUGCCACAUUUCUAAGCUAAAAAUAUUGAUUUAAUAAAUAAUUACAUCUGGAAUCUUGAAAAAGUUAGAACGUUGCCAGAAUAUAUGCAACGAUGCUUCCUUGCGAUUUACAAUACCUUCAAGGAUAUCGAGGAUGAGUUAGCUCCUGAGCACAAUUCUUUUCGAGUUCAUUACCUUAGAGAUGAGUUGAAGCGAAUGGCUCAUGCAUACCUUCAAGAAACCAAAUGGGCGAGCGAGUGCUAUAUUCCUAAGCUUGAGGAAUAUGUUAAAGUAACAUUUAUUACUUCUGGGUGCAUAUUUAUCACGUGUGCUUCAUAUGUUGGAAUGAAGGAAUUUAUCUCAAAGGAUAUUUUUGACUGGGUUAUCAGCCCUUCUGAGAUUAUCAAAUCUUUUUGUGCAAUUGGGAGGCUUAUGAAUGAUAUUGGUUCAUAUCAAGAAUCAUCUUGCUUCAUCAGUUCAAUGUUAUAUCAAAGAGUAUGGUUGCUCUGAAGUGGAAGCUUGAAAGAAGCUUAAGGAGAUGGUGAAAGAACAUUGCAUGAUUAUAAAUAGAGAAUUUGUGUCAACAAAGAACAUCCCAUUGCCAUUAAUUAGGCCAAUCUUAAACUUGUCACGUAUCUAUGAUUUUUACUACAAGGACACACGUGACAUAUAUACCGACUCCUCAGAGUUCAUGAAGAAAAGUAUCAUUGAAGUGCUCGUUGAUCCGAUUUUGAUUUAUAGGAACGAUUGAAACUUUUCUUACAUAAUGGGAAAUCUGUGUGACUACCUACAAAUAAUAUUUCAGGUGCAUUGUUGGAAUCG